AUGUUUUUACAAAUUGAUCUACACGAAGAUGAUAGAUUUUUUCAGUCCAUUCUUUGGCGUGAAUCUGUAAAUGACCCGCUUUUAGUGUAUCUAUUGAAUACCGUCACCUUCGGUCUCGCCCCAUCGCCCUUCCUCGCUAUCAGAACCUUACGAAAACACGCGCAAGAUCACGGUGAAAAGUACCCUGAAGCUGCUAAAAUAUUAUUGAACAGCACAUUUGUUGAUGACAUUUUAGGAGGAGCCGAAACAGAAGAAGACGCUCGUGAAAUUAUACUCGCUCUCAUAGCGCUUCUCGCGCUCGGCGAUUUCCACCCUCGGAAGUGGACUUCAAGCCACCCUAGUAUUUUAGAAGGUUUUCACGCAAGCGAGUUAGAAAUCCCAUGUUUGGACGACCCAAAUAACCCCCGCUUCUCAAUUUUAGGAAUGCUCUGGUUGGCAGUAAAAGACGCUUUCACCUUCAACACCGAAUUUUCUGCGCCUGCAAAAACCAAACGCGGCAUUUUAUCCGCUAUCGCUACGCUAUUCGACCCUUUGGGCCUUAUAGCCCCCGUAGUCUUAAAAUGCAAGGCAUUCAUGCAGGAAUUAUGGCGCUCUCAUUACGAUUGGGAUGAAACUCUGCCAUCUGAAAUUGUAGAAAAGUGGUCGAGAUUCCAAAGGUCGAUGCCCGCGCUUAAAGAACUUAUAAUUCCGCGCUUAUUACACCGCAAAGGCUCUUCUCACUUUCAAAUUCAUGGGUUCUGUGAUAGCUCAGAAAUUGGUUACUCAGCUGCACUGUACCUCCGCUCCGCUCUUGAAAAUGAAACCGCGCAUGUAUCGAUUAUUAUCGCUAAAACUCGAGUUGCACCCCUCAAAAAGGUCAAGUUACCUCGAUUGGAGCUUUGCGCCGCGACUUUAUUAGCCGAGUUACUCAACGCAUAUUUACCGCAGUUAGAAACUUAUUAUAAGAUAGAAAAGGUUUUUUGCUGGUCAGACUCAACUACUGUAUUAUCCUGGAUCCGCCUUCCAACAUAUCGCUUGCAAACUUUCGUUGCCAAUCGUGUUACCAUAAUACAAUCGCUCCGUUCCGAUGUUGUUUGGAGACACGUUCGCUCAGAGGACAAUUGUGCCGACCCAGCGUCCAGAGGUUUAACCCCUGACGAACUGCUCAAUU